AAUGAACUCGAACUUCUUGAAGAAUGAAAAGCAUUUUGGAUUCGAUACUCUUAGUGUAUCUAAGUUUUCGACGCCCAGUGAGGAUAAUAUGGUACCAGUUAGUGAUGCAUUAUUGAAAUAGCUUUCUGAUAUGUGAGAAGUGUACACUAACAAAGCAUAAAUAAGUGUCAGACAGCACCUAACAUCAAACAAUGUUGGAUAUAUUUCGCGGAUUGAAAAGUUUAGUCAAAAUUAGUCAUGUAAACACUGAUUCUCCCGUAUUUCGAUUGCACUAUUCGAUAACCGUUAUGAUUUUGAUGGCAUUUUCACUGAUUGUUACGACAAAGCAAUAUGUCGGCAAUCCCAUCGACUGUGUUCACACAAAAGACAUACCAGAGGAAGUAUUAAACACCUACUGCUGGAUACACUCGACAUAUGCCCUCAAGAGCCUUUUCCUGAAAAAAGUUGGAAGUGAAGUGCCUUAUCCAGGUGUUGGAAACUCGGAUGGAAAAUCCGUGGAUAAAAAAAUUUACAAAUACUACCAAUGGGUGUGUUUCUGCCUAUUCUUUCAGGCCAUUUUAUUUUAUACACCACGUUGGCUGUGGAAAUCCUGGGAAGGAGGCAAAAUACAUGCACUUAUGAUGGAUCUUGAUAUCGGUAUAUGUUCAGAAAUAGAGAAAAAACAAAAGAAAAAGCUCCUGCUAGACUACUUGUGGGAUAAUUUAAGAUAUCAUAAUUGGUGGGCGUAUAGGUACUAUAUAUGUGAAUUAUUAUCACUGAUAAAUGUGAUAGGCCAAAUGUUUUUAAUGAACCGAUUUUUUGACGGCGAGUUUAUGACGUUUGGUUUAGACGUAAUAACACAUAUGGAAGCAGAUCAGGAAGAUCGAAUGGAUCCGAUGAUCUACAUAUUCCCUAGAAUGACCAAAUGCACCUUCUAUAAGUAUGGUGUCAGCGGUGAAGUUGAACGACACGACGCCAUAUGUAUUCUUCCGCUAAACGUAGUCAAUGAAAAAAUUUACAUAUUUCUAUGGUUUUGGUUUAUUAUUCUGACAAUUCUAACGUCCUUAACGAUAUUAUAUAGAGUAAUAAUUAUUUUCUCGCCUCGAAUGCGAGUGUAUUUAUUAAGGUUAAGGUUUAGGUUAGUUCGUCGAGACGCUAUAGAGAUUAUAGUAAGACGUUCGAAAAUGGGCGAUUGGUUUUUAUUAUAUAGAUUAGGUGAAAAUUUAGAUAGUAUUAUAUUUCGUGAUGUUAUGCAAGAUUUAGCGAAUCGUCUACAUAAUAAUCAACACCAUCGUGUACCUGGUAUGAAAGGUGAAAUACAGGAUGCAUGAUAUUGGCUAUCAUAGAUUUUAUUUGUUAUUUAUAUGCUAUUUUUUCGUAUAUUUUUCUUUGUAUAAUUAUCCUCUAUGUUUGUAUAAAGAUUUGUUCAUCACUUUGACAUAUUUUAUUGCUACGGCGGUAGUUUCGUUAAAAAUGUUAAUCACUAUAAAAGACUUAAGCGAACAACAGCUAUGUACGCAUUCGAACGAAGAUAUAUUUUCAAAAAAAAAAUUGAACAAAUGUGUAGAAUGUUACCGAGCGAUAUAAGAAUCCAGAACUUGACUAUAUUGUUACUGAAGAGCCACAGUUUAGUUGUUUUUGGCCAAAAGUAUGCCUUAAUGGGCUGUAAGAACAAUGUACAGGGGAUUUAAUCGUUAUUUAUCUGUCGGAUCGAUGUAUAGGGAAAUAAAUUACGAUGAAAAUCAUUAAUGAAAAGUCAAUCACUAAUUAAAACGAUAAAAUAUUUUACCGAAAUGACAAACAAUUUAAACAAAAGAAAAAUGUUCUGCACUUUAAGUAGGAAAACAAUUAUAAAAGCAUUAUUUAGUGAAGCACACAAUCGAACACACGCACAGACACCCCCCACACACACAUCUAGGACAAUUUCAGAACGAAGACCGUGAGAACCGUUUAAAUACUCGGGUAAUAGGUAGGGUCAAUGGUUAAUUAUGUUGACAGCUUGGAUUCAAACAAUAACACAUUGCAAAUACACUAUUUCAUUUAAAAAAAAUCGGAUUUAUAGGUUCAUGAGCUAAUGCACACAUGCUGCUUUCACUUUAACCACAAAUUUUGUUUAAAAACAACUAGAUAUUCUUAAUACAUAAUUCUCAAAAGCCUAGAUACCAACUUAUUUCAAAAUGACUCGACAUUAAAGCUAAACAUUUGGAGAAACAUAGAACUAAGAAGGUGGCUGUGUGCAUUAUAAUACGUAUCGCCUUAAACUAAUUACCCUCAUGGAACGAUUAUAACGAAUCAACUCCAAUGUAUGUGAAAAAACUACGAGUUACGGCUUUUUACCAGUUCAACUUGGUUUAGUAGAUUUGAUUUACUCAAAAGUACUUACGCGAAUCUACCGACUGAAAUACACAUUUGAGAUUGUACACAAGUUUAUGAUUUUGGCGUUUUCAGUCACUAUGCAAGAUCCAAAACAUCAUCAUAUGUAAUUCAAUUUAAGAGUUAUUAAUAAAUAAUAAUAUAUUAAAAACUUACAGAUGAAGGUUCAAUUAAAAUUAAAUAUUCAUUCAAUAAAUAACGAGGCACCGUUAUCAUUACUUACUUACUUAAUGGUCCCGCGUCGAUCCUUUAUCCGUUGUCAUUGGAACCACCUAAAUAUAACAGAAGACACUUUGAGAAACAAAAAACUUUUAAAAUAUAUGAAUUAAAAAAUUACUGCCCAGGGAAAGCACCCGUUCGAUUACUCUUGGUAGCUUAUAACCCUGUCAAGAGACGAUGUUUUUGAAAUCGGUUGCUAAGAUCAAUUCGUUCCGUUAGAGCAAGUUCACUGGUGUUGGAAAAAGUGGUAGAUAUUUCGACACUUGUAGCAGAUUUUGAAAAUUUACCGUUCAAAAAUGUUUUCAACAAUCAAAUUAUUUUAUGAAAACGAACGUGCAAAAACUGCAUAAAAUAUUACGAGCUAAGGAAUUUUCAUCUCAGAGUUCCUUAAAAAAACUUCUUUCCAUGUCGUUUAUUUACAAAUCGCUCCUUUUCGAGAACUUUUUCUGUUGAAUAGCGGCACUUCAAACAUUCUUUCUUCGGGUAGGUCUUCCAAGUUGCUGCAAGUUGACUUUUACAAUUUUUCCGAAAAACUAAAAUUUAAUGAAAUUUAAAUGAUAAAAAUGUUACGAAACGUAUUAGCGAUUCAAGAAUUCACUUUUUCUUACCAUAUUCUCCAAUCCCAAUUGACUAAAUAUUUUAUUUAACUGCGAAAUUCUCAAAAAUUUUCAUAUGUUUUGGUAAACUACUACUUGUUUUGACACUUGAGUCCCUAACAUCAUCAUUUUGAUCGCAGGGCCCUCUGAGAGUCGUUUUGAACUGCAAAUCGCUAAUACCACUGUUUCUAUUUCAGCCGUAUGUGAUAUAAAUCGAGCUAUUUUUGCAUCACAGCAUGCGAAAAUAGAACACGUGUUGUAAAAAAAUUGAAGGCCGAACUGAAUUGAGGAUCUUGAAAACGUUUUUGCAUGGUAAAGUUUUCAAUAUGUGCCACAAGUGUCAAAAUUUCUACCACUUUUUCCCAACACCAAUGAACUUGCUGUUAGAGCAAGUUCACUGGUGUUGGGAAAAAAUGGUAGAAAUUUUGACAAUUUGAAAAUUUUACCAUGCAAAAAUGUUUUCAAGAUCUUUGGGCGUUGUAGUUUUUUACAACACUAUAGCUAUUUUUGCAUCACAGCAUGCGAAACUACAACACGUGUUGUUAAAAAGCUUGAAGGCCACAGAUCUUGAAAAUGUUUUUGCAUGGCAAAAUUUUUAAAAUGUGCAAAAAGUAAAAAAAAAUCUACCACUUUUUCCCAACACUAGUGAACUUGCUCUCAGGCACGUGAGAUCCACAAUCCAUUUUGCAAACUCUUGGCAGUGUGACGACAAAUUUUAGUUUUUUUUAAAUAUAAACAUUGCCCCUUUGUUGUAUGGAAAUUUAUGCUAUUUGAAUUACCUUCUGUAAGUUUUUAAUUUAAAAUUAUUUGGUGACGAUAGUUCCAAAAUGUUUGUUAUAGAUUCCCGAGAAAACGUAAAGAACGAAACGUCGAGAUAAAAAGAAAUGCUUUUUUGGAUCUCGCUUCUCGGGUAUAAUUUUACCAAAAUAUUUCUAUCAUGAGGAAAAAAAAGUAACAUUUCUAUUUCAAGUGCUUUUUUCCCAGUGGGUUCUUUAAAAUAACAUUAGUAGUUAUCAAACGUGUUGAAAAACUGCGAAAAAUGUGUAUUUUGUUGAAUUUCACAUAACAUUGGUUUUCAUUACUCCAUUCUCUAAUCCAGCCGCUUACCUGUUGAAUCUUUUUCAUAUUUUUUUAAGAACGUCAAACAAACUGUACAGCAAGGUCGUUACUAGUACACAUGAACCUUUCUUGUUUUGGCAAUUUUUGAUUGCAUGAUAGCUGUUGAAAGUAGGUACUUGGUUUAAAAUUGUUUUCGAUAAACCAAUGCAAUGUAAUGAACUAUCUCGCUAUUUCUUGUAGAAACAAAAUUUUCACAAGCGAUUCUGUUGGUGAAGUGAUAUUGGAAAUCUGGGAAAAGGUUACCCAAAUAUAUAAAAUUGACUUUUUUUUAAAUCAAUCGUAGAAAAACCUAGAUCUGUAAUCUUCUUCAUAUAUGCAUCCAUAAGAUGAAUACUAGGAUUUUUCAUCGACGCAUCCAAUGUGCAAACUUCGUGUUGACAAAAUUCGGAAAGUUUCUUGACUUACAAGUAAGUCAAAUGUUCAAUUCAAGAAACCAAGACGAAAUAAAUGCACUUUCCACUCGAAGUAUGCAGAGUGGGUUGAAUUUAAAAUUUUGAAUUUAUUUUUUUUUCUGUGGUGCACCAAUAAUUUGGAUUUCGGCUAAUCUUGAUUUGAAAAUAGGUACGGAUUAGAUGCUUUCUUUUUUGUAAAAGUUUUCGAUUUUUUAAAUUUCCAAAAAACGAUUUCAGUCUUCAAUGCAAACGAAUCUCUAGAAAAUAUAAAUAUGACAGUAAAUUUGAGGGGAUGGCCUCAUACAUUUCCAAUUGGGUUAUGAGCGGAAACUUUUUUUUAUCAAUUUCUCUUGAUUAAAUGAUGCCAAAACUACGUGUGAACUCAAUUGUGGUUACCCAAAAAAUUAGUAACAUUUUAUUUUUUUUGUUUUGUUUUUUAAUAUGAUCGUAUAUUUGAAGGUACAUAUAUAUUGAUAUAUAAACAUUGAAUCAUUCUGUGAAUUGGUUUAAAUCGCUGUCAUUUUUGCUUCAUGAUGAACAUUUCGUUUCAGCAAUUCAGUCAAUCACAGCGUUGGUAAAACAACCUUAAUUAUGUAGAUCAAAUGUAGCUUCUAAAAAAUCGCUUCUCUUGUUAUCUAUCUGUGAGGAAAUCUCUCUAUAUUCUGAGGUUUUCAUUUGCAUCCUUUCUUCACUGCUGUAGCUUACAUUCAUAAUCACUUUUAAUUUUUUUUAAUUCACUAUCUUACCAUACACAGUUUUAAUUGGGCUUGCAUAUUUUACUUUGUAUAAUCAUUUUGUAGCUUUUUGAAGAAAAAUUACUACUGAACUAACAUGUUGAUUCAAAGAAAGAUUUUGUUUAAAUACAUUUCUAACCACACUCCAAGAAAAAAAAACAAAUUAAAACAAUUGUGAAUUAUCAGCACCAUAAACAGUAAUACAAAUUUUGGAAGCAAUUCAUUCAGUCCUGAAUUAGCGCAACGAGUUCUAAUUUUGUGUGGAAAUUUGUCUGAGAAAACCAGAAAAGAAAUUUUUCAUUCAAAAUUCACCAGAAAUGAAGUGAAAGUUCGAAAAAACAAAUAUAACUUGCAAGGACAAUAUUGAUAAUCAUCGUCAAUCAAAUCCUGCCUAUUUGUUCUUGAAAGACCACAGCCAAUCUCAAGAUGUUUCAGAAAUUGACCUGAAGAAGUGUUUGCACUUCUUUUGGGAUAAUAUUUAUUCGAAAUAUCUUGCUGCACGAUCGCCAAAAACAAAUCUGUCGGCGUCUUCUAAUUAGAAACAGAUUGGCACCAAAAACUUCAUGUUUCAUUCAGAUCGACGCAUUUUAUCAAUUAUUGAUGGAUUGUCUUCAAACCUUUCAAUAAUGUGUGAAAAAAAACCUUAUAAUUUUGAAAUUUGAAUAAAUGAACUGUUGAAAGACAGUGGUAAUUUUGUUUUUGUUUUUUUUUCUAAAAUUCACUUGUUCAAGCUGUUCUGGGAAAAAAAACUAUGUAUGGUAAGAUUUACGAUAGUAUGUAAGAUGUGAGACUUUGGCACUAUUUUUUUUUUUUCUUCCGUUCCGUAUAUUUUAUUUAAAGCACCGCUUCUAGAAUACAUCUAUGGAAAAGUCAUCACAUUUUUUUUUUAAAUAAUCAUUUGCAGAGCUUGAUAUGUAACGCUUAUUCAUCUUCGAUAUUCAUCUAAAAUAACAAAACAUCACACAAUGCGCUAAAUGCUUUCUCUUGAUUUUCAGAUGUCGACAAAAUUGAGUACGGAUUCGGAGUAAAUUUAUUUUGAUUUAAAUUGAACAUACGCCCGACGGAUUUUGCUAGUUACACACAUAAAUUACGGAUUAAGUUAUUCGAGAGCUUAUGAUGAUCAUUUCGAAUACAAAUAACUAUUAGCCAAACUUGUCUAGUAUCGCAUUACUAAUCAACUGAAUAACACAUUAAAUGUAGACGGAAACAUGCAUUUACAACUAACAUUUUUUCAGUAGAGACAUUCGAUUGAUCUCACAAUUUUCAUCUACAUAUAGUCAAUCUUAGUAAUUUAGAAGAGAAUACAUAAAAAAAUUAUUUCACAACAAAAAAGCGAAGCAUCAUUUAAAGUCUUACAAAAAUCUUUAGUUAUAAUUACAAAACUUCAGAGGAAUAUAUACUAUACUGCGUUUCACGCAAUAAAUGGAUGAGUCAUCAAAUCUUAAUAAUCAAAUACCGUGGAACAUGACGAGGUCAUACCCAAGAAUGCUAAUUACUGUUGAUUUACCAAUAUCGCUGCUCCAGCAUCUCCUAUAUUGUUACAGCUCUCAAACACCCAAUACAAGGUAAUCAUUUUGUUACAUUUGCUGUUGAUCCAUAAAGUUCUCUUUUAUAACAAAGGGAAUGGCAUAGCUAUGUUUACUGUUUUCAUUCAAGAUGCCAGAAUCAAAAAAUACACCUACGUUCUUACCAAAAUGCUGGUAUCUGUGAAAUGAAAGGGGCAUGAUAUAUUAACUCAAUUAUAACAAAUUCUAAGCAAUAAAUUAGCGGCUAACACACUUUAAUUCUCACAUGCUGUAGUUUUAUUUGUUGACCAAUUUGAGUGGAUUGGAUCUUCACGAGAUGUUAUGUUUGUCUUUUUAAAGAAUAUUCGAUUGCAACAAUGUCUGACACGUUAGCAUGGAUAUUAUCAUUCUAUGGAUAUUAUUAAACACGGUUGUCCAGAGUUCAGAAAUGCCUGUUCGACAGUAUUUGAAUGGAUUUUGUCACCACUGCCAAACCAUACAUCAUAGAAAAAAACACUGUUUGAACGCUGUGUGAUGAUAUUGGGACAUAAAUAAAAUUUUAUAAAAUUCCUAAACCGUGCAAUAAAAUAAGUAAAUCGUAUCUAAAUGAUUUCAGAUUUAGGAGAUCUUCAUUCUCACUCUUUCAUAGCCUAACUAUAGCAAUAAUCCAUAAGUUUAUGAAAACGACGAAAUAUCUAUCAGAAUAACGAUUUUAUAUUAAUCGGUUUUGUUCAUGAUAUCCUCAAUGCACAUUAUUCGUGCUCAUUCCAUGGUAUUUAACGAAAUAUUGUACAUAGAAAUAUGCGAAAUAAACAAAUAAAACGUAACGAAAAGUCAAACGAAUCAUAGAUUAUCGAACAAUUACGUCUCCCAAUAGUAGAAUGACAUUAGAAAUCAUCUAAACCACAAGAUUAAUAAUACGAGACUAUACAUAGAAACACAUCUGAUGCUUCUAAAAUCUAAUCAAAACUAAGAUAGAUAGUGUAAAUAAAGCAAAUAUUGUAAAUAAAAAUUAAAAAAAUAUAUCAACGAUAGCGAGAACAGGUAAAAAAAAUAUGCAUUUCUAAUUAACUCUUAAAAUUAAUAAAAAAAAAAACCAUGAAUAUCAUGUAAAAAUAUGAGGCAGAGUGAUAAUUGAUGCAAGGCACCACGAAUGUCUAAAUAAGAUUAGAUUAAUAUGGCUAUAUAGAACUAAUACGCAAAUGAGAUUGGGUUAUAAAAAUAGUUGUGUAUGACAAUAUUACUUCAACUGGAGAACUGCGGAUGAUCAAGACAUUUCCCAAUGUCAACCAACUCGUACAACAAUCGUUCUCCAAACAUACAUAAUAUUGUCAUACAAAGCUAUAUUAUCUGAUACUUCGUCAUACAUACAGUUCACCAUUAAAACGAUAAAAUCAAUUCAAGUUCGACAAUAUAUGCUUAUGCCGCAUAAAGUAUUAUAUUUAAAUCUAUAUCCUCACUAUUUCGAAAUUUGAGCACACGUUAAGGUAAAACGAACAACGCAACUCUGCCAAUCUAUUGGCUUCUCAAAAUAAGGCCUCAAAUUAGUUGUUUUGGUUUUUGAAUGAAGAAAUAAAUUUUUAACAAGAAACUCUACUCCUUCCGCUAUACAAAUCGUUUGUCGAAAACGAUCAUUCCUGCUACUGAUGUUAUCUUUCUGUACACAUAAUAUAUUUGAAACGAAUUGAUCUGAUGGAAGUUUAUAACAUUGUUUCGAAACAGCAUAUUCGAAAGAGGCCGAGCAGUGCCAUUUUCAAUUAAUUUUAUAUAAGCUGCUUCUGGCUGUACUGUUACGUUAAUCGAGCACAAUGUUAUUUUGUUUCUCAAAUACUGGCAACAUUGCUUAACAAUUUCUCAAGUCUUUUAUACUGUCCAUCAAGGAACGUCGAAAUUGCCGAGUUUUUGAAUUUUCCCCAAAAUUCAGAAGACAUAUUUUUGACAGUUGUGAUAAAAACGUAUCACUAACAUUUCUCGGAAAUGGGAAGUGACUCGAAAAUAUUCAGGUUUGCUCGACUUAUCACCUGGUAGUCUUUAUUCAAUUUUAAGUGUUGUUAAACUGGCCCGUUGGAGUUGAUAUUUAAGUUAUUCAAACAGAUCACAUACCUUUUAUGAUUUUUUUUCACUUCCAAUACGUAUGUGAACGGGUGUAAAGAGUUUUACGAAAUAUUUUCGCGAUUAAAAUUAAUCUGCGUAAAACUGUGUGACUUGAAUUGUAACCUUGAAAACAAAACUCAAUGGUCAGUGCCUACUUCGAAUGUUUGGAAAAUCUAAAAACGAAUUUAGACAACUGCUACUGCAAACACGUGAAAUAUACCAUGCAACUAAAUAUUUUAAUUAGAAUUUUAUUGUCCAUGACGCGGCACCGUGCCGGUUUGAUUAAAAAAAUUUAGAACUUUUAAACACCGUUCCCAUGAAUGUAUGCAUUUGAAAACGAGAGAAAAAACGGUAGUUAGUCAACCAUCUGACAUUUAAUACUUACAGGAAAAGUGCGGACAAACCUUCCUAAAUUAUGCUUUGAACAAGUAAACAUUCUGGACUUAAACUUAGCAUACAUUUUGAAACCUAAACAAAACUUAUGAAAAUAUUCUACGAACUUUGAUUUAAUAUUCAGCUAAAGACAAAAGGUCUAAAAUUUACUCGUAACGUAAAAUAAUCCCAGACUUAAAGCUCAGUGAUCGAAGGCAUGUAAGCAAAACCAAUCUUAACUUUGCUGUAACUCACCAAAAAAUCAAUAUCGAUUUUGAAAAGUUUGCAAAUUCAUAGGUCUGUUUUUGGAAAUUUGUUUAAAAAAUUUAAUAUCACAAACAAAAAACGAAUUAUUCUAAACUUGUUUGAUCUCUUGGAAUGUUUGAAACUUAUCGCAAAAAUGACUAUUGAUUCAGAUGGAUUAAUUAGGCUAUUUUUUACAUUUCACGCUCAUGUUGCAGCGCUAAUUUAAGUAUGAUUUCUCCUCAUGACCCUUUUCCCUUGAAAGUUUCAUUUUAGCGUGCCUAAAUUUCGAUCUUAACAGAAUCCUACUUUACCUUACUGAAUGAAAAAAGCAUCUCAGAAAUUCUAACAGUAAUAUGACAUCCAAUUGAACUUCUGCUUCAUGCAAAAUAGAAAGUGCCAAACAUAAUACACUUAAAUGAAACUUAAGAUCAAUUAUGAGUGUUGCCCUACGAAUAGGUUUUAAUUUAUUAUGUGUACUGGAUAAACAUCAAUUUAUCGACGCAUUUCAAAACCUAUGAAAUAACCAAAAAAAACCUUAGUAUGUAAAGAUGACCCGUCCUACAGAAAGCCUUGCUGAAAUCAAAUUAUCUGGUAUAAGAACUUAAUUUCACUCCAAAUACCUAUACCUAAUUUCGAAUUGCAUUGAGCAAUUGAUAAAGUGGUUUUGUUUCGGAUUUUCUCGUUAUUUACCAACCAUUUGGGAUGGUUUGUGUGCUCAAAGAAUGGUUCAAGGUUAUUAGUCAAUUAAAAAAUAUGCACAAUUUGGUGAGUACCUGAGACCAAAUUUUCAAGUUUUGUUUAAAUCUUUUUUAACGUUGCACAACUUCUAUGAAAGAAAUCAUAUCUAGUCAUGCUCAAAUUUUUUCAUUACGUUAUUCAGUUUGUUGGGUCAUUUUUACCUAUAAUAUUCAUUACCACAGCUUAUUCAAAGCCGAAUAAUAUACCUAUAUUUAUAACAUGCAAUAAAUUUUAAUGAAUAGAUUCUCAUAACAUACACGCAUACAGUUCUCAUUGAUACAAACUGCCAAACAUUGACGUAUAACAUAUUGCCAUGAAACUAAACUUUCCUAAUUUAUUCAUUAGACUCAAAUAAAAAAUUUCGUUUUACGAAACCUAUCAGCAAUUAUGUUAAGAAUAGAAAACGAAAAUAAACGGACUAUUUUUAUAAUAAAUAUCUCACAAAGCGGUAAUGCGAGUUAGAAACGAAAAAUUAAUCGUGAUUUUAAAUCGAGAAUCAUUCAUAACAACGUACUCUAACACAGGAGGACUAUACAUUAUAACAAAAAAUGCAUAUACAUAAACUUUGUAAUUUUUGAACAUAAUGUGGCAGAGUAUAAAGAAUUGAAAGUAGUAAACAAAAAAUAUAAAAAAAAUACAAAAUAAGCAUACCAAAAUCGACUUUAGUGAUUUUAUAGCAUAAAACAAGAAUUUUAAUAACGACCAAACUUAAUAUUAAUUAUACACAUAAAUGUUUUUAACGAUACGGAAACAAAAAAAAUAAGAGCAAAAUUGAUACUAAAACACCAAGAAGUGCUAUUAGUAAAUAAAAACCCAACAUUAUCUGUUUAUUAUAUUUCAUUAAAUUAAGAAGACGAAUCUUCCACUUCAGAUAAACAACAAAAAGAAAAACGUAGAACAUUGAAAAUAGAAUGAGCAUUAUAAACGAGUUAAAAUAUGGUGAUACGAGUGUUAAACCAGAGUUAUUAUCUUUUAAUAAUAAUUUGAUGCAGAAGGAUGAGAAAAAAAAUAAUAAAAUACAAUUACAACAUAAUUAUAAUAAAAAUAACUAGUUACUGCCUUAAAAAUAUAGAAAAUAUAAUUGAAGUUCAUUGAAAAAUAGCCGAUGAUUAUAAAAUAUAUUGAGAAGCAAUCGGUUCAAUGCAGAAAAAAACAUGGAAUAGGAAGCAACAGACUUUAUAUGUUCAAAUAACAAAACAAUUUGAAUCAAAUGUAAUUCCUUUCGUGCAGAACAUAUUUUAUGAACGAACAUCUCAAGAACAAUGUAAGACGAAAAAGAUGAAGAAGAAAAAUCUAAACAUAUGGUUUUCCAAUUGCUUAAUUCACAUUUUUCUUUGUUUUAUCAUGAAGCAACUCAUUCAAUUUAUAUAAGUCUCGAUGACAUUGUAAAUACUGCCAUGUAUACAAUACAAUAAAACAAAAUAUUUCUAACACAA